UGCAUUAUCUCUACCACCAGAUACCUCACUGGACCCCAGAGCUACUAUUCUUCCACGAUGUGGCUCUGUGCUUUGGGUCUGAUCUCUCUCAUUGCUUGCUUGAGUCUGGGACACCCCUCCUCACCACCUGUGGUGCACACUGUUCAUGGCAAAGUCCUGGGGAAGUAUGUCAGCUUAGAAGGAUUCCCACAGCCUGUGGCCGUCUUCCUGGGAGUCCCCUUUGCCAAGCCCCCUCUUGGAUCCCUGAGGUUUGCUCCACCACAGCUUGCAGAGCCCUGGAGCUUCAUGAAAAAUACCACCUCCUACCCUCCUUUGUGCUACCAAAACCCAGAGGCAGCACAGAGGAUUGCUGAGCUCUUCACCAACCGAAAGACGAUCACUCCUCACAAGUUUUCUGAGGACUGUCUCUACCUCAACAUUUACACUCCUGCUGACUUAACAAAGAACAGCAGGUUGCCUGUGAUGGUAUGGAUACAUGGAGGUGGACUUGUGAUUGAUGGAGCAUCAACCUAUGAUGGAGUACCCCUCGCUGUCCAUGAAAAUGUGGUUGUCGUGGUCAUUCAGUAUCGCCUGGGUAUCUGGGGAUUCUUCAGCACAGAGGAUGAACACAGUCGGGGGAACUGGGGUCACUUGGACCAGGUGGCUGCACUACGCUGGGUCCAAGACAACAUUGCCAACUUUGGGGGCAACCCAGGCUCUGUGACCAUCUUCGGAGAGUCAGCAGGAGGUGAAAGUGUCUCUGUUCUUGUGUUAAGCCCAUUGGCCAAGAACCUCUUCCACAGGGCCAUUGCACAGAGUAGUGUCAUUUUCAAUCCUUGCCUGUUUGGGAGAGAUGCCAGACCCUUGGCUAAGAAAAUUGCUGCUCUUGCUGGCUGUAAAACCACCACAUCAGCUGCCAUGGUUCACUGCCUGCGCCAGAAGACAGAAGAUGAGCUUUUGGAGGUCUCACUGAAAAUGAAAUUUGGGACUGUUGAUUUUCUUGGAGACCCCAGAGAGAGCUAUCCCUUCCUCCCUACCGUGAUUGAUGGAGUGGUGCUGCCAAAGGCACCAGAAGAGAUCCUAGCUGAGAAGAGUUUCAACACUGUUCCCUACAUAGUGGGCAUCAACAAGCAUGAGUUUGGCUGGACCAUUCCAACGUUUUUGGGCUUCCCACUCUCCGAAAGAAAACUGGACCAGAAGACAGCUGCAUCCAUCCUGUGGCAGGCCUACCCAAUUCUUAACAUCUCUGAGACACUGAUUCCAGCAGCUAUUGAGAAGUAUUUAGGAGGGACAGAUGACCCCAUCACAAUGACAGACCUGUUCUUGGACUUGAUUGGAGAUGUUAUGUUUGGUGUCCCAUCUGUAAUAGUGUCCCGUAGUCACAGAGAUGCUGGAGCUCCAACCUACAUGUAUGAGUAUCAGUAUCGCCCAAGCUUUGUAUCAAACAAUAGACCCCAGGCAUUGUUAGGAGACCACGCUGAUGAACUCUUCUCUGUAUGGGGAGCCCCGUUUUUAAAAGAGGGUGCUUCAGAAGAAGAGAUCAACCUCAGCAAGAUGGUGAUGAAAUUCUGGGCCAACUUUGCUCGGAAUGGGAACCCUAAUGGUGAAGGACUGCCUCACUGGCCAGAGUAUGACCAGAAGGAAGGAUAUCUGCAGAUUGGAGUCCCAGCACAGGCAGCCCAGAGGCUGAAAGACAAGGAAGUGGAUUUUUGGACUGAGCUCAGAGCCAAGGAAACAGCAGAGAGGCCAUCCAGUAGGGAACAUGCUGAGCUGUGAUCAGGAGGCCCAGCCACGUUUGAGAGUCUGGAGCUAAGAAAAGGUGUUUAUCCAUCAGAUAUCGUUUCCAAAAUCAAUCGUGUAGGGAGAAACAUUUGAUUUUAUGCUUUCAAUUUUUUGGUUUUUGAGAUAGGGUUAUCUGUGUAGCCCUGGCUUUCCUGGAACUCACUAUGUAGACCAGGCUAGCAUUGAAUUCAGAGACCCUCUUGCCUCUGUCUCUCAAGUUCUGGGAUUAAAGGCAUGUGACACAACUGACCAGGCAUAUGCUUUCAAUUUUAAAUGACAUCACAAAAACAUUCCCUUAGAAACCAAACCAGAGUCUAUGUCUUCAGCUCAAAAUGCAUCUAUGUGCUUUAGAGUACUAAUAAUGUUUUUUGUAUGCUGUGUAAAGUUUAUCCUUGUGUUAUUCAAAUGCUCAUUUCUCUGCCCUCAUGUAUUGCUUCAUUCUGGACAUUGCAUUGUAAUGCUUAUACCAGAUAUCUCCUGUCUCAC